AUGGAAGCCUCUUCACCAUUGGCGGCGCUGCAUCGCCCGAUCCCUGUUCCUUCGUGGGGUGGUCAGGACAUCUUCCGUUCGCACACGCACUCGCACUUUGCUGCAGCCUCGUCAAGCUCCAUGAGUCUGCGGGAACAGCUGCACAAGAAUCCUGCCGAUUACUUCAAUGCCAAGGAUCUACGCGGUUCGUCGCCUGCUGCUAGCCUCGCCGCAGAUCUGUCACAAAACUUCAGGCUAGAUAAUGAAGCUAGUCCUCAUUUCCCAACUCCUCGAAGGGCCCUGUUCACAGCCAAUGUGAUGGGCGGCCUGGAGUCUCGUGCCUUCUCGACCACGCCUCCUCUGCCCCCUUCGUCGCCCGCACACCUCACCGAGAUCAUGGAAGUCUCUCCUCUGCCUCACAAGGUGCCCUUUGCUUUGCAGAAGGCCAUCUCAUCACCUACGCCCAACUACACCCCGUCGGAGACUGAUGUAGACGAGGAAAUGAUGCUGGAUUCACCGGCUCCCAUUGCCCGAAAGUCAUCGUCAGAGGGUAUCCGACUCGGUAUGGCUGAGCGUAAGAUCUCCAUGCCUCGUCGUCCCUCGAUGUCGCGCAUGAAGAACUUCACUACCAGUGCUCUCCCUCGCCCCAAUGCUGAUGGCCAACUCCCAGCUUUCGUCUUUGGUGGAAACUCUCCAUGGAGCCACUCAAGCUCAACCCUGUCUUUGGGUGAGUGCUUUGACUCACCAUCACCGCCACAAGCUCAAGAGAAGCGACCGCACUCGGCGAACAGCCCGUGCGCUCCAAUCCCCCUGGGCAUUCGCUCGCGUGCACACCUCACUGGCCUCGGUGUCUUUCGCCAUGCCUCCCCUUCAAAUUGUCAUUCACGACGUCAGUCAAACCCCUUUUUGCGAAACCGGAAACAGGUCCGGCGAUCAUUGAGCAUGUUUGAGCACCCUGCCGACGUGAUGAAGUCAAAGUCUGAUGACGAGGAGACUUCCCCAACCACACUGCAAGCCGUUAUGGAUAUCGAGGAAGCACAUGAGCCCGUCCUUCCCCACUUUCUGCCUGACGACCCUACAGAUACCAUUCCUAGAAUCACUAAGGAGACUCUGUUGCAAGUUUUGGAUGGCAAGUACGCAGAGCACUUUGACCAGAAGAUGAUCAUCGAUUGCCGUUUCGAAUACGAGUAUGAGGGUGGCCACAUUGAUGGUGCUGUCAACCAUAAUGACAAGGAUCUUUUGGCUACUCAGCUCUUCAAAACCCCAAUGAACGGUAGAUCCCUUCUUGUCUUUCAUUGCGAGUACUCUGCUCACCGUGCUCCUCUGAUGGCCCGCCACAUCCGGGCUGAGGACCGAACUGCGAAUGCUGAGUUUUACCCCAAGCUUACAUACCCCGAAGUAUAUAUUCUUGAUGGAGGUUACAGCGCCUUCUUCGAAGGGUUUAGGGGUCGUUGCUAUCCUCCUGAAUACGUUGAGAUGUCCGACGAGAAGCAUCAGCGCACAUGUGAACGCGAAAUGGGCCGGCUUAAGGCCCGUAAAGGCUUCAGCCGUGCCCAGACUUUUGCUUUUGGCCAAAGGGAACAUUGCGUUGACGAGUCACCAACAGCUCCUGGCAGGCCCAAUUCUCGGAGCACGCACCUCAGUAUCAUUGGCCAGUCACCGAUCCUCGGCGAUCGUUCAUCGCAUACACGUCGGAUGGCUUCAUAUUAA